AUGGCGCAGACCAGUCCCCCUUUGCCCGGCCACUUCCACAGCGGCCAUGGACAUCAACACGCAAAAAUAACAAAGGCUCGCAGCCGACAGGCAGUCAAGCCCAUCCUCAAGAAGCUGCACUCUCACCACUCCUACUCGCACUCGGAAAAGAACUCUCUCGACCUCAACCGCGGAUGGGAUGAGCAGGGCCAGUUCGGGUACUCGUCUUAUACCACCAGCGGCGGUGACGACGACUCUCACGGCUCUUACACGGCAGGAGCCUCGACACUGACAACAGCUGGCACUCGGUCCGCCCGCGAUGUUAGCUUCUCCCUCUCUGCCACUGACCUCAGCAGUGGCGGGGUUCGUUCAAACAAAUACUCGCAUGCCCGUUCAACGAGCGGUACUUCUCACGCUUCCAUUGCUACUUCUACCAGCGGCGGUCGCAACGGAUCCUUUGUGCACCCUUUCCAGCAAACGCCGCGCACAUCAACGCCGCCUCUCUCCUACGCCAACUCGCUCGCUUCUCUCGAGAAUCCCAACGGCCCUCGCGAUUACUCUCCCACCAUUACAGAGGACGACGACGAUAUCGAGCCCCAGAACCUGCAGUCUUCGGGCCGCUCAUAUCCUCUGCCGCAUUCGGGUUCCCGCCCGCGAAGACCUUCUCUCGCCAGCCAGCGCACCAGCUCUCUCUCCGACAUCAACCAGCCGCUGCGCGUCACUGCCAACGGCCGCUCAACACCAGGCAUCUCGUCGCGAAAACCCCACAGCAUCGUCACCCGCAGCCGCUCCGACCUCCACCUCAACACCGGCUCUACGAGCGCCCUCGACUCUGCAUCGAGCGCAACCCCGCCUGCAGGCUCCUUCAUCUCCCCGCAGAUGAUUGCUGCCUCUACCUCUUCUUCUGCAAUGUCACCUCUGCGUAGCUCUCUCGACAUGGGUGGUUUCCGUCUCCGCUCGCGAAGCGAGGUCGACACUGCCACGCGCCAAGAGCACGUCCGCGAAGCACGCCGCAAGUUUGAGGAGAAGGAAAAGGCCAAGGAGGAGAAGUACGCCCGCGAGCAGAUCCGCAAGCAGGAACGCGCCGAGAGCAGAGAGGCCCACCGGUUCAACAAGCACGGCCGCAAGGGCAGCUUUGGAGCCUCGCGCAUCUCUUGCGACCGAGCCUCCAGCACCGACAUUCGACCUAGCAUGUCCCGCAAGAACACUGGCACCGGCUUGGGCCUGGGCCUCAGCACUGAGAACGAAAAGGUCGACUUUGCCAGCCGAGGCUACGAUACUGUCACCACCGGGCAAACGCCCCGUGCCAGAACUGACGAUGUGCACUUCGAGUCUUCUCGCCGCAACAACACUGCCAAGCGAAAAACUACAGGCGCCUGGACAGCCUUUGUUCUGUGGCUGAGAACCCGACUGCUCAAGCUGGGCCGACGAUAG